CCGUGGGGCUCCUCGCCUGCUCGCUGUGUUUACCAUGGGGAAGGUGAGCAGCGCCACAGGUCGCUGUCAUCACAGGACUUUCCUCGGCUGAGUGUGGACUCUGCUCGGCCUGAGGUCCCCUGGAAGAGCCGGGCCCUGAAGUCAAGAUGGAGAGUGGCAAUGACGCCGUCCUCAGGUCCCGCCUGCGACCCAUCCCCUCGACGCCCCCCCUCUCUGACUUGGCCAGCUCUUUGGACGGGGAGUGUAGUCCUGAAGACCACCGGCCAGGGAACGGCGAGACCCUCAUCACAAGCAAUGGGGAAAUUGAAGUGGAACGGGUGAUCAGCAAAAAGCUACAACUGAAAAGAAAAGCAGAGUUCCUCAAGAGUGCCCUGAUGCGUCAGUUUGACAAUCAGGUCAAUGACUUAAUGGACAGUCUCAUUGAAGAGUCAGCCAGUCUGGAGCCUGCACCUGUGUCUGCGGCCUUCUCAUCGCCAAUGUUGGACAAGGAGCGUAACAAACUCGGGCAUUUCCGGCCUCCUCAUGGCCAGGGGAAAGAGUUUGUGGAUCGCAGGUCCCUCCUAGAUGAGCUGUUUGAGGUGAACCACAUCAGGACCAUCUACCACAUGUUUAUUGCCCUGCUCAUUCUCUUUAUCCUCAGUACACUUGUGGUGGAUUUCCUUGAUGAAGGAAGACUUGUGUUGGACUUUGACCUGCUGGUCUAUGCUUUUGGACAGUUCCCUCUGGUGGUGUUUACGUGGAUCUGCAUGUUCCUGUCUGUGUUGGUGGUUCCCUUCACCCUGUUCCACCUGUGGUCACAGAGCCAGUCCGGGUCUAACCCCAGGUUGUACACUUUGCUGUUUGGCUCUGUAUUCCUGCUCUACCAAGCUCUGGGUCUGGGAUUCCUCCCCACAUAUGUGGUGGUGAUCAACAGUAUGCCACCGGCCUCCUGCUUCAUCAUCAUCCUGGAACAGGUGCGUCUGAUGAUGAAAGUACACUCCUUCAUCAGGGAGAAUGUACCAAGAGUUCUGGCCUGGAAGAAAGACAAAACCACUCCCAGCCCAGUGGGCCCUGAGGUUUUACAGUAUAUCUACUUCCUGUUUGCACCCACACUCAUCUACAGAGACAAGUACCCCAGGAACCCAGGGAUCAGAUGGGGCUACGUGGCCACAAAGUUACUUCAGGUACUUGGUAGCCUGUUUUACGCCUAUUACGUAUUUGUGCGGCUGUGCAUCCCUCAGUUUCGCAGCAUCAGUCUACAGCUGUUUGACCUGAAGGCCAUGGUCCUCUGUGUCUUCAACUCCAUCCUCCCAGGAGUGUUGGUUCUCUUCCUGGGAUUCUUUGCCUUCCUCCACUGUUGGCUCAACGCAUUUGCUGAGAUGCUUUGUUUUGCUGAUAGGAUGUUUUACAAGGAUUGGUGGAAUUCAACCUCUUUUGCCAAUUACUAUCGCACCUGGAAUGUUGUGGUCCAUGACUGGCUGUACUUCUAUGUGUACAGGGACUUCCUGUGGAUGUCUCGGAAGCGUUUCAGAGCAGCAGCCAUGCUGUUUGUGUUUACAGUGUCUGCAGUGGUCCACGAGUACAUUCUUGCAAUCUGCUUUGGCUUUUUUUAUCCCGUGCUCUUCUGCCUUUUUAUGUGCUUUGGAAUGAUGUUCAACUUCAUUCUGCACGACCAAAGGAAAGGUCCCAUCUGGAACAUAAUCAUGUGGACAUCCCUCUUCUUGGGUCAGGGUGUCAUCAUCUGCCUGUACUCCCAUGAGUGGUAUGCCCAGCUCUACUGCCCCCUGCAAGAGCCUUCGUUCCUUGAGUUACUGAAGCCUCGCUCCUGGAGCUGUCAGAGAGGCUUGAUGGUGGAAUCUGACCGACUGUGACCUGUGUUUGAAUUACUGCAGAGGACUAUCGCUGAUCUGUAUAUAUUUUACCAGACUUCCGGUUUCUUUCAUAAAAUAUUGUUUUGUUUUAUUGCACUAAGGUCACAACUGAGUCUGUGAAUGGUUGCAGGGAAGAGGACCAAUAAGUAUCUGCCAAAAUGUUCUUUACUCCAGCAGCUAAGUUACACUGAUGCCUUAGUCUGUUUUAUGUCUUUCAAAGGCAACCCCACAAAACAAUUACAAGUUCACAUAGAACCUCAUGUGAACUCUUAUUUUAAGGUACUAUUGACUGUGAAACACUGUGCCAAUAGAAAUAGUGAUUGCCACAUUGACACAAUGACAUAGCAGCUGAAAACAAACAUUACACGCUACAAACGCUGUUUACAUAUGCAGUAAUGAAAGCAAAGUGCAUUCAGUAUGCUGUUUGGAAAAAUAUUUAUUAUUAUUUAUAUUCACUGCCCAUACGAUUUUUUUAUCCUUUAACACUGGUUUGAAGAAGAAGCUGUUUAGAAAAGAUGACCGUUGUAAUGUGUGGACUUAAGGUACUCUGUGACUGCUGAAUGUUUUCCUUAUUACUGAAUCCACCUGGUUUGAAUAUGCACCUACUGUCAGGUUCCCCCAUUGACCUAAAUGAAAAUGUAUUUUGUUAAUGGCCGAUGAUAUGUGAAUUAUGUACAGUAAUUCCAACUGCAAGUGGAUAUCACCACAUAAUGCCUCCCAUUGUAAAUCUGGUGCAGCUGGCUGCUAGAAUAUUACAACACUGAGAUACUGGUGAUAUAAAGGGCUACAGUUUGUUUUGUCAAAUACUUAGUAAAUAAAAUAAGACAAUUAUGUGUUUUCCAGGACAGUAAUUUUCAUGUCAAACUAAAAAGGAUUUGUUUUUGCUCAGUGUGCUUUUUGUUCUUGUCCUAAAUAGUUUAUAUACAUGUGCAUUAUUUUAAGGAAUCCAACCAUUGCACAGUUGAUAUUGCAAAUUUUUACAUAUUUCAAUGUAUUUAUUCAUGUGAAUAAUGAGAUGCACAAUGCAACGUAAAACCAUCUAGGAAACUAAGCACUUCUAAACACGCUAUGGCCACAAGGUGGCACUGUAUUAAAAGCUUUUAUUUGUGACGUUUCCUCGGCUCAUUCUGCAAGAGAAACUUCCAUUUAGUUCUUUAUAAAAUUAAUUAUUAACAAACACGAAUACCAGCAACUUAUUUAUAUCAUGUACUGAUACUAGUUGAGAUAUUGGAAUGUCCUGUGGUACUUAGUGCUGAGUUUGACCUUUAAUCUUUCUUUAUGGUUUGAAGAUUUUAUUCAUACGGUUAUUAUUGUUAAUUAGUAGUGAAAGACGCCAAGAUGCUGUUUAUCUAUUUUUGUGAGCUUACUGUCAUAUUCGUGUUGAUUGGGAUCAUUCUUUUUAUUCUGGCCUUGACUAUCUUAUUGUGUCAGGUGACAAUUUUAUGAAUCAGUAUGUUGUUCUAUUUUUGGAUGUCAGUCAUAUGGCCUAAAAACACAUCAAAGUAUGAGAACUAUGAAGAAUAAAAACAAAUUACGAACUUUA